AUGGGGGAAAAGAGGCCAAUGAUUCGAAAAACCUACCACAAGAAAAGUUCUGCCGACACAUUACGGGAGACAAGGAAGGUGGAUGCUGAGGAAGUGAGGAAUAAUAAGAGCCAGAUUGGAGAGAUUGAUAGCAAUUCUUGGGUUCCCCAUGAAAGGACUGGAAUUUAUUAUCCAAAGGGGCAAGAGAAGGUGAUGGAAGGCAUUCCUCCAGGAGCUGGAAAAGAUGUUAAUGUGGUGAAUUGGAAAGGCUUGAAGGUCAUCAAAACUCCAACCAAUCCAAUCACAUUCAGGAUGAAGAACAACAUGUGGGCACCUGCAUUUGAAGAUCAGCUGUCAAGCUCUAGGAAACGAAAAGGUCAGGUUGAUUCGUAG